AUGGCCAUGGCGAUAAAUCAGGGCCAGGCAGAGAUCCUGGUGUUUGGGUUUCAGGAACUGGUGGAGCUGGAUAAUACGUCGGUCACGGCGAAGUCGAUGUUUCAUUCGAAGCGCAAGAAGGAGAAGGAGGGUGCUGUUGUCACCAGUUCACAUAUCUCUCACCAGUAUAAGGCAUGGCAGGACAAGCUGGACGAGUUUGUCGGCUCGAAUCUGUCGGAGAGAUAUCGGUUGGUGCAUUCAAAUAAUAUGGUCGGGCUGUUCACAUGUGUUUUUAUGAAAGAGUCGGAAUGCAACCGGGUCAGGGAUAUCAAAUCGUCGGCUAUAAAGACAGGACUCGGUGGAUUGCAUGGUAAUAAGGGUGGACUGGCUGUUCGUAUGGUUGUGGAUGAUAGCUCGCUCUGUUUCGUGAAUUGUCAUUUGGCUGCUGGUCAGUCGGGUGUUUUGCAGCGUAAUAGCGAUAUUGAGACCAUUCUGGAGACCAAGUUCUCCGAUGCUAGCGACAAUACCAAUUUUACAAGCAAGGGCAUUUUUGUAAACGGCGGUGAUGGAACUAAAAUUAUGGAUCAUGAAAUUUGUUUUUUCUUCGGUGACAUGAACUAUCGUAUCAAUCGACACAGACAAGUGGCUAUUAAAGCUAUUGAAGAAAAUGCGUUUGACCAGUUGCUCGAAUAUGAUCAGCUCGGACUACAGCUGAAAAAGAACCCGGGGUUGCGAUUAAGAGCUUUCAGCGAGAAACCGAUUACUUUUGCACCUACUUAUAAGUUUGAUGUUGGCAGUGACCGGUAUGACAGCAGCGACAAGAAGCGAGUUCCAGCUUGGUGCGACCGUAUUUUCUAUCGAGGUGGCCUGAAAGUGGUGCCUGCUUCUUACUACUCGUUCUCAGUGCGUGCUUCUGACCACAGACCUGUAACUGGUGUAUAUUCUGUACAACUCAAGACAAUUGAUCCCGGCAAGAGGAAGGAAGUGUACAAAGACUCAUUACUCCGUUGGAAAGAGUAUCUGGCUGUCUAA